GGAGCCGAGUGUCGCGCCGCCAGCGGACCGGACUUCACCGACAGAGAGUCCGCGCGCGCGACGGCCCCUCGCCAUGGAGCCGAGUCUGUCACAUUCUGAGUGUUUUUUUUGACGCACGCAGACAUCUGCAGCUUUGAUACGUGAUGUAUUAUUUAUUUAUUAUUUUAUUUUGUUUUGCGCGAUCGUGGGACUUCUAAACGCGCGUGCGGGGAGAAUUUCUGCCCGCACGCAGACUUAAAAACCCCCCAAAAAAACAAUGGCGAGGCGUAAGAGGCGCAACCCACCGAGUUGUUGCGCGUGAACCCCCCCCCCCCCCCCCCCGACCCACGGAACCAGCCUUCCGCGUGACACGACGGUGGUGGGAAACCGCGGUGCGCGCCCCUACCCACCACCUCCUACCACCGCCUCCUCCCCGGGAGCGACAUGGAAAGCCACGCCAGGAACCCGAACAGGGCUGUGGAGUACCUGAAGGAGCUCAACAGGAUCAUCGAGACCCAGCAGAAGCUGCUGGAGACGCAGCGGGGCAGGAUCGAGGAGCUGGAGCAGCAAGUGGCCGAGCUGUGCGCGGAGAACGGCCGGCUGCGGGAGCAGCACCAGCGGCACCUGGCGACCUGCAGCAGCCUGGCCACGCUGGGAGCCAUCAAGGAGCACCUGGCACAGGACAAGAAACAUGCCCCCCUACCCGUCGAUGCCCCAGAGGCCCCAGGGAGGUCAGGGGCCGCCGACUGCAGAAGACCCUGUCGCAAGUGGAAGUCGGCUUCAUUUUGUGUGGAAGGUGAUGGACGGCCCAAUGAGAGCGGCCCUUCCCUGGACGGCGGAGCCGGCUUCGGCCCGGGCCCCGUGACUCACGGCUCGGCCAUCGGCCCGGACCGCUUCGACGGCCCGCUCUACAGCCACGGGGUCCAGCCGGGUCCUCAGAGACCCCGUCGGCCCAAGCUCCAGCACUCGCAGUCCAUCCUCCGGAAGCAGGCCGAGGAGGAGGCCAUCAAGCGGUCGCGCUCGCUCUCCGAGAGCUACGAGCUCUCCGCCGACCUGCAGGACAAACAGGUGGAGAUGCUGGAGCGUAAAUAUGGCGGACGUUUCAUAACCCGGCAUGCGGCCCGCACCAUCCAGACGGCUUUCCGCCAGUAUCAGAUGAACAAGAACUUUGAGCGUCUCAGGAGCUCCAUGUCGGAGAACCGCAUGUCCAGGCGCAUCGUCCUCUCCAACAUGAGGAUGCAGCUCUCGUUCGAGGGCCCCGAGAAAGUGCACAGCUCCUACUUCGAAGGGCGGCAGGUGUCCAUGACGGAGGACGGCGCCACGGUGCAGUCCGAAUGCGGAGACAUCGAGGCGCGCCAACAGGCCAACAUGGCGUCUCGCCCGGCCCCGCAGGGCGACCUGACCGACGCCAUCACGGAGCUGGAGGACGCCUUUUCCAGGCAGGUGAAAUCGCUGGCGGAGUCGAUCGACGACGCGCUGAACUGUCGCAGCCUCCAAGGGGACGAGGGUCCGGAGCCGGAGGCCUCGGGCUGCUCCAAGGCGGAGAGGAAAGCGCCCUAUCGGGUGAAUUCCCACCGCCGGGCGGCCGGACGAAUGCUCGACGAAACGUCGGCGUCCUACAGCGACGUCACCCUGUUCAUCGACGAGGAGGACGCGUCGCCCUCCGUCGCUCUGUCCAGGUCAGGGGGCCAGCCGUCCAGCACGGAAUCGGACGUGCGGUUGCGGUCCGUCGACUUCUCCCAGGACUACUGGCCCAUCGACCCCAAAGACGAGGGUCGCGACACGGACACGAGCUGCCGCAGCACUCCUUCCCUGGAGGGCCAGGAGCAGCGCCUCAGGAUGGACCACCUCCCGCUGCUGACCAUAGAACCUCCGAGCGACAGCUCCGCCGAGCUCAGCGACCGGUCGGACCGCGGCGGCUCCUCCGUCAAGCGGCCGCCGCCGUACGAGCCGCACGGCCACGUGGUGACGUCGUCCCAGGCGAGCCCCAAACACAUUUCCCACGGGCCGCCGCCGCCGCCGCGAACGUCCUCCCGCGACGGCGGCGACGACGCGCCGCUGCGCCACCGCCAACUGGAGGGCCACCUGGCCACCAACGGCUCGGCCAACCGGCAGAGCAAAUCCGAGUCGGACUUCUCGGACGGCGACAACGACAGCGUCAACAGCACGUCCAACUCCAACGACACCAUCAACUGCAGCUCCGAGUCGUCGUCGCGGGACAGCCUGCGGGAGCAGACGCUCAGCAAGCAGACGUACCACAAGGAGACUCGCAACAGCUGGGACUCGCCCAUCUUCAGCAACGACGUGAUCCGCAAGAGGCACUACCGCAUCGGCCUCAACCUCUUCAACAAGAAGCCAGAGAAGGGCGUCCAGUACCUGACCGAGAGGGGCUUCAUCCCCGACACGCCGGUCGGGGGGGCUCACUUCCUGCUGCAGAGGAAGGGGCUGAGCAGGCAGAUGAUCGGAGAGUUCCUCGGCAAUCGGCAGAAGCAGUUCAACAGGGACGUCUUGGACUGUGUGGUGGAUGAAAUGGACUUCCAGAGCAUGGAGCUGGACGAGGCUCUCCGGAAGUUUCAGAACCACAUCCGUGUUCAGGGUGAAGCCCAGAAGGUGGAGCGGCUCAUCGAGGCCUUCAGCCAGCGCUACUGCAUCUGCAACCCCACGGUGGUGCGGCAGUUCAGGAACCCCGACACCAUCUUCAUCCUGGCGUUCGCCAUCAUCCUCCUCAACACCGACAUGUACAGCCCCAACGUCAAGCCCGAGAGGAAGAUGAAGAUGGAGGACUUCAUCAAGAAUUUGAGAGGUGUGGACGAUGGCGAGGACAUCCCUCGGGAGACUCUGGUCGGCAUCUACGAGAGGAUCCGCAAGCGAGAGCUCAAGACCAACGAAGACCACGUCUCGCAGGUGCAGAAGGUUGAGAAGCUCAUCGUGGGAAAGAAACCAAUCGGAUCACUCCACCACGGCCUGGGAUGUGUGCUGUCGUUGCCCCACCGCCGGCUGGUGUGUUACUGCCGUCUGUUUGAAGUGCCGGAUUCCAACAAGCUCCAGAAGCUGGGCCUCCACCAGCGGGAGAUCUUCCUGUUCAACGACCUCCUCGUGGUCACCAAGAUCUUCCAGAAGAAGAAGAACUCCGUGACCUACAGCUUCCGGCAGUCCUUCUCUCUGUUCGGGAUGCAGGUCACGCUGUUCGAUAAUCAAUAUUACCCGAACGGAAUCAGACUGAUGUCGGCGCUGCCGGGCGCGGACAUCAAAGUCCUCAUCAACUUCAACGCGCCCAACCCCCAGGACCGCAAGAAGUUCACAGACGACCUGCGAGAGUCCAUCGCCGAGGUCCAGGAGAUGGAGAAGAACAGAAUAGAGUCCGAGCUGGAGAAGCAGAAGGGCGUGGUGAGGCCCAGCAUGUCGCAGGGCUCCGGCUUGAAGAAGGACGGCGGCGGCGGCAACAUGAACCGCGCCAGCCUGGACGACACGUACACCAUGGGCGAGGGCCUGAAGCGCAGCGCCCUCAGCAGCUCCCUGAGAGACCUCUCCGACGCAGGCAAGCGGGGGCGUCGCAGCAGUGCAGGAUCACUAGACAGCAAUAUGGAAGGGUCCAUCAUUAGCAGAACCGCCGCCGCCGCGCCCCCGCCGCGCGGCCAUCCCUCCUCCGUCCCCAACGCGGCGCCCGCCACCUCCAUCCUCGGCUCGCUCUUCGGCAGCAAGCGGGGCAAACCGCCGUCUCAGAGCCACGCCCCUUUCCCCCCCGCCGACGCCGCCCAGCCCACUCUCAUAUCCCACAAGCCCCACCCGACCAACCUGCACCACACGGCGCAGCUCCACGCCCACCAUUCCCAGUACUGCCAGGUCCCGCAGAACCCGCCGCCGUACAACCACCACCACCACUACCACCCGCCCCCCCACACGCAGCACCACCAGCACCCGGGCUACGCCUCCCAGGCGCACCAACAACAACAACAACAACAACAACAACAACCCCAUUCGCAGCACGGCCACUGCAGCCAGCAUUCCCAUCACGCAUCGCACUCGCACCACCACGGGCAGCAGGGGGGUUCGGCGCCGGGCGGACCCAAACCCAAACACAGUGGCAUCAGCACCGUCGUGUGACGCUCCGACGCGCGGAGAGAGAGGCGGGGGACUCAAAGACGGAGGGGGACAAUCGCUUACACCAAAGGGACCGAGGGCGUCGCUCUGUGGCCCGACCACUGUGUUUCACUGCUGCUGUGAUGGGAACCAGUCUCACACACACACACACACACACACGCAGCCGCCUCGCCAGGUCCAACCAAUAUGCAGGAUGGAAAUCGGACUCGGUAGUUCCACCAGGGGCCUUUUAACUCAUUCGCCUGAUCGUGGGCCCCAUCAGGGUUUUUUUGUGAGGGGGGGAGGGGCUCUGUACAGGAAGACGCUCUCUGUUUUCCACACACACACACACACCGUGCUCUCUCACCGAGCCGCUCUCCUUACCUGCCUCGUUCCUACAACGGCCCGUCUUACCUUCACAUAGUCCGGGACGGAGGGUCGCCCCCUCCCUCCCCGAGACGGGAACGCGGCCGAGCGACGGCGUAAUUCCUCGUGCGCUGCCUUUUUUAUUUUACCGGGGUAAAGUCGACUUUCAGCUCUUCUGGGGGUCGUUUUGCAGAUUCCUUCACAUCGUCAGAAUGCAAAAUGUGGUCGUUGCCUCCCCGCGUAGUGAAGAACCUAGACGUGGUCGCUUCAAGAACCACAAGGACAGUCCAGCCGUCUCCGUCGCCGUAGUUCUAGUGCUGUGUUUACCGUAGACGACAGCUAUACGUGUUGUCUCCUAGCUCUCGUAAAUAAAUGUGCCAAUUAUUAACGCAUAAUCUAUUUAGUCAAGACUUCAUGUACAGUAUAUUUGUGCGUAAAGGUAAUUUGUAAGAUUAUACUUGCAAUUAUUAUUCUCAGCAAAAAUUUAAUUUUUAUCAGUAUUAUACUGACUCCGUGGUAACGGGAUGUAGAUCUGAAAAGGAGUGAACGCCCAUUCAGUCCGGCCUAUAAUCUAGAUUCUGGAAUUAUACUUUUUUUCUUUUGCCUUUUCCAAUGGAUCGGAAGGAGGACGGACGGCAGCUGUCGAAGCCUCGAAGACCCGUCGGCACCCUCGCAAAUGAUAAACCGGGUCGGUCGGUUCUCUUCUCGUACUGUGGCUGCUUAAAAUGAAAUUCUAAAAAAUAAUAAUGAAGAUUAAGAGUGAAAAGACACUUGAAAUACACUUUGGAGGCUCUGGCUCAAAAUGUUACAAAACGGUGUGAAGUCUGUUGCCUUUACUUUCAAUGAUGCGACAGCUGCUCUCUUUAAACUCUUUAAAAAACUGAAAACACUUUCGAAAAAUCUUCUUUUGCCUUCUUUAGAAUAUAUAUAUUUUAUUUUAUUCGCCAACAAGGCGAGUGAAUGAAAUCAGUUCUUACAUAGCGAAGUAUUUUUUUCCCCAUCUUUUUUCCCCCUCUAUCAUACGUGCAAUAUCUUUGUACUGAUGUUGUACAUUAACAACGAAGCAAAGUGUCCCUCCCAUUUAAUUUCGUCCGUGUCGCGUCAUUAUUUAUUUAUGUUUUUGUUUGUUUUUGACCCCUGUCGAUGUCUUUCUUAGUAAAUUAACGUGUGGAUGUCCUCGUUGGUCUUAUGAGAGGCUCAGACUUGGAGUUCAGUGGAAUGUCUAGUAAGUGAUUUUUUGCAUGUAAUGUUAUUAAUGUGAGGCUAUCCUCUGCACAUUGUAUAACGAAAUCAGUGUUACCAUAGCAAGUUUAAGUGCAAUCAUGUUCAGAUAAAUGCAGACUUGUACUAUGAGUGGAAGUCUGUUUAUCUCGUUGUCCAGGACGAGAUUCAGGUGAAAAAAUAAAAUAUAUAUAUAUAUAUCCUUUUUCAUUUAAGAAUAUAUAAAUACUUACUUACACAGUUCACGGGGGAAAGAGGAAUGUGUGUAUAUAUUUUAAUAAAAAGGUUAAAAAAAAUGCUUCUCUUUGGGCUGAACACAAAUAUUUUGCUGGAUAAGCACACGUGAAAGAACACUUUCAUUUAUUUUCAGGAAAUGCAGUUAUAAUAUUACACAAUGCAAACUGAACAAAAGGAACUGGGUCAUAUAUGUAAAGAAUAACUUUCUACAUUCUACAAAUAAGAGUCUAUUCUAUAGUGUGUACAUUAGUGACAGUAAACUGUUUGUCCCAAUAUUCAGGUUGUAAAUGUAUUUUAACAUUCACAAAGAAAACCAUUUGCCAUAAGUCAGGCUUAUUCUCACACAUUUAUCCUCAUUGGGAAUUAACAAGGAACGAGCAGAUGACGGACAUAUCACACACGGGAUUAUAAUGUGUCUUUUUUUUGAUUUUGUUGUUGUUGUGUUGCUAUAAUUCUGAAAUCUUUGGGGUGAUGUAAAACCCAUGAAUCUGUUUUGUUUUUGAUGUGUGUUGUUCCAACGUCUCCAGUCAUUCUGUGUGAGGAAGUAACCCAACGAUGCACUGCUCGGAUCGUCAUGUGUCCUAUUCACUGUGAGCCGAUUGGGGGAGGGAGGGGGAGGGGGAAAGGAAGAAAUCGGCCUAUACAUUUUGGUUUUUGAUUCAUUUUGAAUUUCCUGUCGUCGCCCUAUGUUAUGGCUGGUAGUUACUGAAGCUCGGCACCGCAUUGUCGUCAACGAAGCCAUCGUGUAAAUUACGAAUAUGAAGAACGUUGCACUUCUGAGGGCUUUCAUCGUGUAAAUAUGGGAUUUUUUUUGGGGUGGGGGCCACGUGCAAACGGAUGAACUGCUUUGGGAAGGAGGGUUUUAUCUUUUAUGAAGCCUCAAAGGGACCAAGAGAGAGAGAGAGACUAACGGGUUAAAGCAGCUGUACAUAAUGUGUAUAUGAUCAAUAACCUGCAGUUGUGAUCAGAGGCGUGAUGUGUGAACAUAUCGAUCGGCCUCCGGCUCUCAUGAACCUGACGCCUGCUGCAGGAAUCAAAAACAGACUGUUAGAAAGUUUGCUGCCAUUUACAUCCAGCUCUUCUUUUCUUCAUACAUCCCCCCCCCCCCCACACACACACACACACUCCCCGUACACACACACACACAAACCAACACGCAUCCUGCUGCAAGCUGUUCAGUCUGACGUGAGACACAUUUUAAAGCGAGGAAAAGACGGGAAUGGCCUCAUUUAUAUGUGCAUUCUGUGUGUACAGUGAGUAGUGAGUCCGUAAGACCCCAGUUAUUGUAAAACUUCCAACUGUGACAAUGUUGAGAAUGCAAAAAAUAAACAAAUAUAUGACUUAUGGUA